CAAUCCGCAGCCCUCGGCCCAGCAGAGCCGGGUCGCUUGUCUGGCCGGCGGAGGCUGAGCGCGACCCUAGAGAGCCGCGGCGCCCGCCGACCAGCGACAAGCGGGACUCCCGGGACCCUGCUCUGCCCAGUGCCGCCGCCUCCUCCCCAUUGUCGCGGGGACGCUCCGGCCGAGCCGCCCGGGCCGCAAUUCUCCUCCUCUUCCUCCCCGAGGGGAAGGAGCGGAGAAAGUCAAGCGGCUGCUCCUGGAGGGAGCGAGCCGAGGCCCUUGUCCCCGAGGCUCGGGGCUGGAGGCGGAGGCGGAGGCGGAGGGAAGUGCGCGUCACUCGCUGGAGAGUUUCACCUCCAGGCUGAGGCUGCGACUGCGGUUGCCAGUUGCGUAAAAGCAGCAGCAGCGGCAGCGGGGGGCGCCGGGGCUCGAGCGGCUCCCUGGCCAUGGAGAGGAGAUCCGGACUCGGGGACGCCAACAGCUCGGCUCUGUCUCUUUGGACCGCUGAGUAGGUACCUGAAUUAGCCGACGCUAAGCCGGGGAGGGACAGUGACAGUGUAUCAUGCAUGCCACUGAUUCCAGGGGACACUCCCCUGCUUUUCUGCAACCUCAUAAUGGAAACGGCCAUCGCUCGUCUGGCUACAUUCCAGGGAAGGUUGUCCCACUGCGUCCCCCUCCUCCUCCAAAGAGUCAAGCUCCAACCAAAUAUCCCUCCAUCAGACACGAAGCCCGGGCCAGCUUUGCUUUCUCAUCUGAAGAACAGCAAGCCCAGGGAGAGAGCCGAAAGCAGAAGAGGCACAAAAAUACUUUCAUUUGCUUUGCUAUUACUAGUUUCUCAUUUUUUGUUGCACUUGCAAUCAUCUUAGGGAUAUCCUCAAAAUAUGCUCCAGAUGAGAAUUGCCCAGAUCAAAACCCUCGUCUCAGGAACUGGGAUCCAGGACAAGAUUCUGCAAAGCAAGUUGUUAUUAAGGAGGGAGAUAUGUUCUGUCUGACCUCAGAUGCCACAGUGAAUUCUAUUGUCAUUCAGGAUGGAGGACUGCUUGUGUUUGGGGAUGAUAAAGAGGGAUCCAGAAAUAUUACUUUGAGGACUCGUUACAUCCUGAUCAAGGAUGGUGGGGCGCUUCAUAUUGGAGCAGAAAGAUGCCGCUAUAAAUCCAAAGCGACAAUUGCCUUGUACGGCAAGUCAGAUGAAGGUGAAAGUAUGCCAACAUUUGGCAAAAAAUUUAUUGGUGUGGAAGCCGGCGGGACACUGGAGUUACACGGGGCUCAGAAGGCGUCGUGGACAUUAUUGGCGAGAACUCUGCACUCCUCAGGCUUGAUCAAUGGUUCCUAUGCCUUUGAAAAGGACUUUUCCAGGGGCCUCAAUGUGAGGGUCAUUGACCAAGACACAGCCAGAAUUUUGGAAAGCGUGAGGUUUGAUACCCAUGAAUACCAGAACCAGAGCAGAGAACUUGAGGAAUUUCUGAGAGUCCAAGAUCCAGGACGGAUAGUUGCUAUAGCAGUCGGAGAUUCAGCAGCCAAAAGCCUUUUACAGGGAACCAUACAAAUGAUCCAGGACCGGCUGGGAAGUAAGCUGAUCCAAGGACUGGGCUACAGGCAAGCUUGGGCUUUGGUUGGUGUCAUUGAUGGUGGAAGUACUUCUUGCAAUGAAUCCGUGAGAAACUAUGAAAAUCAUAGUAGUGGAGGAAAAGCUCUUGCCCAGAGAGAAUUUGAUACUGUGGAUGGGCAGAAGUUCACUGUGACAGCUUAUAGUGAAUGGAUUGAAGGCGUCUCUCUUUCAGGUUUCCGGGUAGAAGUCGUGGAUGGAGUGAAGCUUCAUCUGCUGGAUGAUGUUAGCAGCUGGAAACCUGGAGACCGGAUUGUGGUCGCAAGCACAGACUAUUCCAUGUACCAAGCAGAGGAGUUCACGCUUCUCCCCUGUCCUGAGUGCAACCGUUUCCAGGUCAAAGUCAAAGAAACCCCUCAGUUUCUGCAUAUGGGUGAGAUCAUAGAUGGUGUAGACAUGAGAGCUGAGGUUGGAAUUCUUACCCGGAACGUUGCAAUCCGAGGAGAAAUGGAAGACUCAUGUUAUGCUGAAAACCAGUGCCAGUUCUUCGAUUAUGAUACCUUUGGGGGACAUGUCAUGAUAAUGAAAAAUUUUACUUCAGUCCAUCUUUCUUAUGUGGAAUUGAAACACAUGGGUCAGCAGCAGUUGGGACGAUAUCCUGUUCAUUUUCAUCUGUGUGGAGAUGUGGAUUAUAAAGGAGGGUAUAGACAUGCAACAUCUGUAGACGGACUGUCUAUUCAUCACAGCUUCUCUCGGUGUAUCACUGUGCAUGGGACAGAUGGCUUGCUGAUAAAGGACACCAUUGGAUUUGACACACUAGGUCAUUGUUUCUUUUUGGAAGAUGGUGUUGAACAGAGAAAUACUUUGUUCCACAAUCUAGGACUCCUCACCAAGCCCGGCACCCUCCUCCCCACUGACAGGAACAACUCCAUGUGCACCACCAUGCGGGAAAAAGUGUUCGGAAAUUACAUCCCCGUGCCUGCCACUGACUGUAUGGCUGUUUCAACUUUCUGGAUUGCUCAUCCCAACAAUAAUCUGAUUAAUAAUGCAGCUGCAGGCUCACAGGAUGCUGGAAUAUGGUAUUUAUUCCACAAGGAACCUACUGGGGAAUCCAGUGGAUUGCAGCUUUCAACGAAACCAGAACUUACUCCAUUGGGUAUAUUUUAUAACAACAGGGUCCAUUCAAGUUUUAAGGCUGGCUUGUUUAUUGACAAAGGCGUCAAAACAACCAACGCGAGUGGUGCUGACCCACGAGAAUACCUCUGUUUGGAUAACAGUGCAAGGUUUCGGCCUCAUCAGGAUGGUGACCCUGAAAAGCCACGUGUUGCUGCUUUGAUUGACAGGCUCAUUGCUUUUAAAAAUAAUGACCAUGGAGCUUGGGUCAGAGGGGGAGACAUUGUUGUCCAGAAUUCAGCAUUUGCCGAUAAUGGAAUAGGACUGACCUUUGCCAGUGAUGGGAGCUUCCCAAGUGAUGAAGGUUCCAGCCAGGAGGUAUCUGAAUCUCUCUUUGUCGGAGAGAGCAGGAAUUAUGGCUUUCAGGGUGGUCAGAACAAGUACAUAGGCAUUGGAGGAAUAGACCAGAAGCCUCGGACGUUACCCAGGAACAGGACAUUCCCGAUUAGAGGCUUUCAAAUUUAUGAUGGGCCCAUUCAUCUCACCAGGUGCACUUUCAAAAAAUAUAUGCCAACUCCAGAUAGGUAUACCAGUGCUAUUGGCUUCCUCAUGAAGAAUUCCUGGCAGAUAACCCCCAGGAAUAACAUCUCCCUUGUGAAGUUUGGUCCACAUGUCUCUCUGAAUGUCUUCUUUGGAAAACGUGGCCCCUGGUUCGAAGAUUGUGAGCUGGAUGGUGAUAAGAAUUCCAUAUUCCAUGACAUUGAUGGCUCUGUGACAGGAUACAAGGAUGCUUAUGUGGGAAGAAUUGACAAUUACCUGAUCCGCCAUCCAAGCUGUGUAAAUGUUACGAGAUGGAAUGCAGUGGUUUGCAGUGGGAACUAUGCCCAGGUCUAUGUGCAGGCGUGGGGCACUCAGAACCUGACCGUGACCAUCGCACGAGAUGAGUACCCAUUCUACCCGAUGGUGCUUCGGGGCAUUACCCAGAAGACGACCUUUUCGCAGUACCAGCCUGUGAUCAUGCUGGAGAAGGGCUACACCGUCCACUGGAAUGGGCCGGCACCGAAGUCUGUUUUUCUGUACCUCAUAAACUUCAACAAGAAUGACUGGAUUCGAGUUGGCCUCUGCUAUCCACCAAACACAAAUUUUCAGAUUGCCUUUAGCUUUUUACAGCGGCAUAAUGGUUCGUUAUCCAAAAUGGAAGAGUAUGAACCUGUGAAUUCACUGGAAGAGUUGCAGAGGAAGCAGUCUGAGAGGAAAUUCUAUUUUGACUCUGGCACAGGGUUGCUGUUUUUGUAUCUCAAAGCCCAAGGCCACAGGGAUGGCCACAGUUACUGUUCAUCUCAGGGAUGCGAACGAGUCAAAAUCCAGGCAAUGACAGACUCAAAAGACAUCAGUAACUGCAUGGCCAAAGCAUAUCCCCAGUAUUACAGAAAGCCAUCAACCCUCAAGCGUAUGCCAGCCAUGCUCACAGGACUCUGUCAAGGCUGUGGAACCCGUCAGGUGGUGUUUACUAGUGAUCCUCAUAAAAGCUACCUCCCCGUGCAAUUCCAGUCACCCAGUAAAGCAGAGAUUAAGCGUGGAGACCUGUCUGUCAUCUCUGUCAAUGGCACUGACUUUACCUUCCGAAGUGCAGGUGUCCUUCUCCUUGUUGUGGAUGCCUGCAGUGUUCCCUUCCAGUUGACCAAAAACAGGUUUUUUCCCCUCGCUGAAGUCAGUCUCAUGGAUGAGUAUUUAAGAACAGGCAUCCCGCCAAGAUCUGUCGUUUUGUUGAGCACAAGAGGAGAAAUAAAGCAUUUGAAUAUUUCAGAUUCAUUAGUACCUCUGGGAUUAGCCAAACCAGCUCAUCUUUAUAACAAAGGGAGUACCAUAUUUUUGGGAUUCAGCGGAAACUCUAAACCAUCAUGGACUAAGCUAUUGACCAGUCCUGCUGGACAGGGCCUUGGGCUGCUGGAACAGUUUAUACCUUUGCAGCUGGAGGAAUAUGCUUGUCACAGAGCUGGCACUGUCCGUAGAAGAGACCUGGAGCUGUUAAAGCAAACUUCAAAAGCACAUUAGAGACUAACUGUAACUUAAGUGCUGGGGGGAAAAAAUGUGAACUAACUUAUUUAAUUUAUGGCAUUUUUAAAUGACACUGUUAACCCAACGGAACCAUUUUCCUGUUUGAUACAGAAAGAGGAGAAAAGAGUUUAAAGCGAUAGCUUGAAUACCAGCUCAUGCACCUUCUAGUUGUACAAAAUGUUAAAGAAUUUAUUUGUAUUUGUUAGGCUGGUAUAUUUAGAGGGCAGUUCUCUUAUUCCUCACUUUCCACCUCAGUGUUUUGUAGUGACCAUAAACAGUGCUUCACCUUUUAUAUUAUAGGAUGUUGUGCAGUGGGGUCAGGUGGGGGCUUCUGAGAGUCAGCCUGAGUCCUUGAGAGGACCAGCUCUUGGAGCAUCUUGGAUACUUGAAGUCUAAUACUCAUUUGUGUCGUUGACUUGAGGUUAGCAGUACCUUGGGUGGCUGGCAUGUUCAUUGAUGCCUUGAGCCCUGGUUCUGGGCAGCCUUUGAGAGUUUUUUAAUGCUACCGAAUGAUAGAGUUUAAAGUGGCAACUCAGGCCCAGCUCAUGCCCUUUCUUUUGCCUGGACAUGUGCUAUUUUUAUUCAUUUGUAUAUUGAUUCCUUCUAAGGGUUCAGCUUUCCAACAGGAAGUACAUUGGGACAAAAGGGCUUUAGGGAUUAGACAUCCCUUUAAUCUGUAACCAUUGGGCAAAAAUUUGACCUGCACCAAGGUCUGAGGUUGUUGGGACCAUUUUUGCAGCUUUAAUCCUUAACCUGUUUUGACUGUAUCUGUAUAUUGGUGUUUAACAUGCAGAGCUGAGCUGAAUAUUUACUUUUUUUUUUUUUUUUUGAAAAAGAAGCAGGCCGUUUUCCUGAACUGUAAACUCAAGUCAUUUCAACUUGCACAAAGGAAGUCUGUUCUUAGAGUUGCUCCUGCACCUGAGUUUUUUGUUGUUUUUAUGUAUAGAUUUUUUUUAAAAACUUUUCUGCUCAACAUCCUGCCAAGAAAAUUGCAGAAAGCUUAAUGAUACCCCAAAAUAUUGUAAUUCAGGGGGAGAAAAAAGGGAGUCUUUUAAGGGCCAGAUCAUAGAAGGAACAUUCAGAAAUGAACAUCUUUAUAGCCUUAGAGGAGUCGUUCUUAAUUAAAUUGUUAGAGACAAUUAAAAAAUGGUGCCGUGACACCCUAUUCCCUUUCACUGGGUGCAUGCGUCUCCUGCCAGUGAGGACUGCAAGUGGCGGAAGGAGACUGGCUCCUGGCCCAGGUUAUCACCACGGAAAGAAUAAAGAAGCAUCAAAAUGCCUUUCUUUACCUUUUUGUAAACCCACAAUUCAUGAAGUGUAGUGGAGGGAUGGCUGCAGCGAGAUAGUAGGAAGUGCAUUCAGGCUGACUCUGGCAAUGAAUACAAAUUCACUUUCCUCUACCAGGAGCUACAGCUGAUGGCCUGUCUCUUGUGUCCAGGAGAAGCUCUGUGACUUCUGUUCCUUUACAAAAUAUGCUACCUCAAAGUACUACCGAUAAACUUUUCUAACUGUACGUGCUCUUCCUAAGGGCACACAUCUUAAUCAAAGUUUAGGGUUUUUUGUUGAUGAUGAUGUUUGUUAUUUUUUGUAUAUUGAUGAAUGAGAUCUUACCUAUUAAAUAUAUUAUUGGAUCAUGGUUCCUGAAGGUGAUUAAAGUCUGUAUGUGUGUUUAUGACUUAAAUAUUUUUUUUAUGUGUGUUUAUUAGAGUUUGGCUCUUUAAAGAUUUGGAGAGGAUGUGUAAUCAUUUCAAAGCACUCAGUUUUUCUGAUUUAUAUGCUAAUUAUCAGGGCCUAAGUUAAAUAAAAAUAUGUGUGCCUGUGUUUUUAUAAA